AUGGCCAAGAGGGCUUUACUUUGUUUUAGCCUGUUGCUGUUGGCUGAGGAGCUAGUGACGUUUAGAUUUGAAGUGGAACUAAUUAAACAGCUCAGCCUGAAGGACAAAAGCCCCAACUGCCUGGUGUCCCCUUUUCAGGUGGCCCAAUCCCUGUCCUUUUUGUACCUUGGAAAGGAUGGUCGAAAGGACUACACACUGGCCAAGGCCCUGCAAAUAGUCGGACGGGGCCAUGACAAGAUCAUGUCCUAUUUUAGAGAAACCCAGCAAAAAGCCCUCGCCCAAAAUUUCGUGAUAGCGAAUAGAGUUUUUUUCAAAUCCGAUUUUAAAAUACCGAGUUAUAUGAAGAGUAUAAGUGAAAACAUUAGCGUGGAAGUGGAGAAUAUAAGUUUUGACAAUGCCACGAAAGCUGGUGCUGAAAUCAAAAAGUGGUUUUCAAAAGUGGUGGCCAAAAGCAGCAAACUCUUCGGCAAGGAUCAUUUGAAUAACAUCACCCAAAUGGUGGCCGUGCAGGGAUUAUCGGUGACUACAACGUGGAAGUAUCGUUUUAUAUCGCAGUCUAAGAGAACCUUUUUAAUCGAAAGGCCCGAAAUGAAGCCGCUCCAGCAAAAAGUAGCCAUGAUGUACACUUUGGCUAAAUUUGAGUCCUUCAACAACGAGGAGGUACAUGGUAUAUUCAUUCCAUUUUCCAAUACAGAUAUUGGCCUGCUCAUCCUGAUUCCCAAACAACAUAUCACCACCUUGAAUGUGAUCCAGCAAUUGGAAAAGUAUCUUUUGUUGAAAAUGAGAAAAGCCCAAGAAACGCAUUUCUUUCUUCCCAUGUUCAAUAUUCAGGAAAGUAUGGAUCUGAAUGGCAUUCUGGAGACAAUGGGAAUCAAGAAGAUUUUUAGUUCUUUAAAUAAUCCUAGUUCUUUGAAUAAUAAUCCUACAAAUGAAUCUAAAACGACGCAUUUUGAACAACUGAGCAUAUUUUCUGUGAAACCAAAUCGUUUAUUGUUGGAAUCUGAAUAUGCAAGCGAAGGCGACCAGAAAACCUUCGAGGUCAACCGACCAUUUGUGUUCGUUAUCAAGGAUCAGAGGACGAUUUACAUGGCUGGGCGCGUGGACUCCAUUGACGACCUGAACAAACGGCCUUAGUUGCUGGAAUUUUUGUCGGUUAAAUGUCGGUUGAAUUGUAAAUUAAAUUAGCUUGU